AUGAGCUCGCCGCAGAAGAAAACCGCCGCCGCAACAGAGGGUAAGCUCUCUGUUGCUCAGUACCAUGAGCGCCAGCAGGCAAAGCGCGACGCGCUUGCUGCAAAGGCCGCGUCGGGGACAACCCAGUCGGAGAUUGUCCUCGAAGGUUCUUCUGUAGUCAACGACGCCGUUGACUACGAAGACGACGACGUGGAAAUGGAAGAGGGGGAGGCCUCUUCUAGCAAGCGCACGGAGUCUAUCGACAGCGAUAGUCUCGACCCGCAUGCUGGGUCGAGACGCCCUCGUGAAGGAGACGACUCGGACGCUUCAAGCUCGAAGCGUUCGCGCGGCGAGAGCGAAACUCCGCUCUCCGCUGCUGGGGCUUUAAGCUCCCCGUGUGAGGUGGCGUCUUCAAGUUCUCCGCGCGCUGCUCAGGCAGCGCGCGAUCCGUGGAUGCCGUCUGCGUCGGAGAUCGCAGGCCGAGUGGGCAACACUGUGCCUCCAAACGAAAUUCCGCUGUACGUAUGCAGCGGUAUCCACGACGAUGUUGUUGCGGAGGAGCAGUACUUUCAUCCGUUAACAAAUCAAAGGCGCGAUUAUUACAUCGGGCUCUUCCACGAGUUCCGAUACUUCUCCAGCAAGAAGACCUAUUCUCGCAGCAAAGUGCCUGAGUGGCAGGCACUUUGUCAAAGUUGGAAUGCUUUUGUUGAGAACUUCAACAAGAAACCGGCUGCUUAUCGCGAGCGGGUUAAGCAUGCCCGUGAGCGCUUCGAGACAUUCUCGACGCGCCAUCAGUGCACGUUGUGUCUUCCGGGUGCGGUGCGCUUGAGCGACCGCGACCUAAACGGGUACACGACUAUUCGUGUACCUGCGAGUCUCAAGGAUCUCCGUGCCAAGUUCUUGGCACGCGAGGAACGCGACGAUCGUGGGACUUCGGGCGCUGUAGGUGACCACAGCGCUCGCACUACCUUCGCGUCGGCAGUGCGUGAUGAGCUUCGUACGCCCUCACCAUUUCCGGAACGUCCUGCAGCAGGACGUCCCGCGGCUCCCAUGUAUCUUGGUGGGGCGGAAACCCUCUCCAACGAAUACGAUAACGAACCGGCUGCCGUGGUGGGAACACGCCCCGGGUAUGGUCAACUUAGGGUUAACCUUGGCCCGACGCUCGAGGAGCGGGUCGCUGCUGUGGAACAGCAUCAGAGCCGGGAGUUCGCCGCUCUGAAGCAGGAGGUGGCGAUCCUGAGGGCUCAAGUCGCUCAGGGUUCGCAGACCGCGUCGGACAUCUCUGUCGACGUGGGAGGUCGCGUCGAACGCUUGGCCCAGCGCGUUCACGCGCUGGAGCAGAGGUUCGCUCCCGCUGGGGCUUCCGCUUCGGGCCAGCCGAGCUAG